AUGGUCCAAGAGGAGAAAGCUACUUUGAAGCCACCCCAAGAAGGAGAAACUGAAGAAACAAUCAAGGAAGAUCCCAUUCCUAAGCCCAAGCAGCUUGCCAAACAAGCAAGGAGUAAGACUAAGGCCCCUACACCAAAACCGCCCAAGGGAUCAACCAAGAUUGAAGAUGAGGCCAAGCCAAGAAGGAAGGUUAGAAAACCUAGGUCUGGCCGCAACAUGAAGCUUCUAUUCCCAGAGGAGCUUAUUGAUGAGAAUCUAGAAGGAUUCAAGGAGAGAGUGACAAGAACUCUAAAGCUUUUUCCUAAGGCAGUAGUGCCAAGGGACAUUCAUGGAGAGAUUGUCUAUCCAGCUGUGAAUCACCCACCAGAUACUCAUUGCAAGGAGAAAAGACUUGGAGGAUCAAGGAUGCCUCUUGAUAGAAGGAGAAAAAGGUGUGAAAACACAAUCCGCGCCAAAACAUUGGCCGCGGACGCGCAAAAGAAUUUUGGCCGAGCAAUUCCAACCGGCCGACCGUCACGGUCGAGCCGGGAAGGAAUGCUGUGCUCGGCCGGAUUGAUCCAUCGCGACAGAAAACGUUCGCGCGCACGCGCGAACCGGGAAAGAAACGCCGCGAUCGGCCGAAAUUUUUGUAUCGGAACGGACCGACCGUGCCGGUCGAUCCGGGAAACAUACGCUCGGCCUCGGCCGAAUUUCUCGACCAAACGAAUUUGGCCGACCAAAUCGCUCGACCGCGACAAAAUCCAUCGGCCAUCGGCCCAAAACUUUUCUAGGCCAAGGUAA